AUGAAUAAUCAGUUUAAUCUUGGUUUCUGCUAUGAAAAAAGAAUAGGAAUUUCCAAAGGCAAAGAGAAAGCUUCUGACAGUAGAAAUUCUGUUAGACAAAUUAGCAGUAAUUCUGGUAGACAAAAUGAAAGCAUAAAUACUGACAAGGAUGGAAAGAAAGUGUUGCGUCAAAUUUAUUUUUUAACUCCAAAGUUUAAAAAAAACCUGAUUUAUAAUUCACCAGCAAAUAAAUAUCAAGAGUUUACAAACACAUACAUAUAUAGUAUUAUGAUGAAGACAGGAAACAAUACCCCUAAUCAUGCUAAAGCUUGUAAUGAGGCAACUCAAGAAUGGAAUAAAAUCAAAACCAAAAAUACAUUAGAAAUCGACGAUAUAAUUAAAAAAUAUCUAAACACUUCAUUUAAUCUAUAUAAUAUACAAACAUUUAAUUCUAUCACUGCGAAAGCACAUCAUCACCCAGCAUGGGUCUCAGUUGCUGGAGUUUCACAUACUGAUAUACAUGAACACCCUGAUGGUCAUUACUGCCUUGUAUUUGUUAAAUGCACAAAACAAUUUGCAUCUGUUUUUUCUGAUAUGUCAGUUGUCAUCUCUCAAGAUGACAAAGCAAAGAUAGGUCUCAGAAUACCUGCUGUAGGUCGAAUAUUCCAUAUAUUACAAUCAAUUAAUAAUCCUAUUUGUGUAGCAGAUCAUGAUUUUGUGAUAAGAUUUGAACAAAAAUUAGUUCCUUCAAUAUACCUUUUAAUGAAACUAGAUCUUGACAAUCUUACUAUAGACCCUCAAUAUGAUAGUAUUUUGAAAACUGGUAGAGAAAUUCAGCUGAUUUCAGUUUUGUUAGUAGAUAGAAAACCGGAUGAAAAUCUAAGACACUUAAAAAAUAUUAAAUCAUAUUGUUUGCUUUUUAGAAAGUUUAAUUUAGACUACCUAACUAUACGAACAUAUGCCUCUGGACAAUCUAAAUAUAAUCCUGUAGAAAGAGGCAAAGUAAACAACCAAGAAUUGGCUUUUAAAAAUUUUUGGUAUGCUAAAGAGGCUUUCUGUAAUAUUUGGUGCCAUGAUUUAAUUUUUGGGAAACGUGUAAAUACACAAUAUGUUGAAGAAUUUACUAACCCUUGUAAGAAUUUGCAAUUUGAGGAAAAAAAUCAAAAACAAGACAACUUAACUGAGUGCUCCGUACUAUGGUCAUGGAUUGAAAAGCAUUGUAAUAUAUAUCAGUACUCUCUUAAUAUAAAAAAGUACACAGAUGCAAGCUGUUGUGGACCACCUCAUACAAAUGAAGCAAUAGAUUUUCUGCAGAUAAAUAAUAGUUUCUUAUCUCUGAUCAUCAAAGCUAAAGAUGAGCAUUUUACGAAUCCUAUACAUCUUCUUGAGUACUAUGAUUUCUUUAAAAUUUCUAAAUAUGAUCAAUAUUGUCUAUCUCUUGACGAAGCAACCUAUUCACAGCUUUUUUGUUCCAAGUAUAAUAAAUACUUUCUCACACUUACCUUUUUGAUGUAUCAUAAGUGGUUAAUGCAUCCUGUUAGUCAUGGAAGGCUCAAAGGAAAAGCAAAAAGUCAAAUUGAACAAAAUUCAAUGACUCUUUAUGAUUUUUCUCUCCUCCUGUCACAGCAACAUGAUCAAAUACUCUCACUUGAUGAAGUGUAUACAAGAAGGUGGUUAGCCAGAUCUAUUUGUUAUUAUUCAAAGCUGUCCACGACUCAAUGGUCUUUUUCAUUUGCAAUUUCAAGAAAAACCCGAUGCAAAACUGGCAUUAUCGGUGAAAUUGCUGUAUCAAACCCUCAAUUUAUAGCCGCAUUGCAAGAG